AUGAGUUCGCGGCAAGCGAGCAUUGAAGUCAAGAAAGCAGCCAUAGACUUCGUGACUUUCCUUAACAAAGCUGUCACACCAUUUCACGCUGUGGAAGAAAGUGCGAAUCGAUUAAGGGAUGCUGGAUUUCAAGAACUGAAGGAAUCCGAGCACUGGACUAUUGAACCAUCAAAAAAAUAUUUCGUCACGAAGAAUAAAUCGACAAUUUUAGCCUUUGCUGUCGGUGGAAAAUACCGACCAGGUAAUGGAUAUUCUAUGGUUGUGGCACACACCGAUAGUCCAUCACUGAGAGUAAAACCAAUUUCAAAACUAUGCAGUGAUAAAUACCUACAGGUUGGCGUAUCAACGUACGGUGGAGGAAUAUGGCACACCUGGUUCGAUCGCGACCUCAGCAUUGCAGGAGAAGUUAUAUACAAAAAAGAUAAUGCUAUUGUUCGGAAACUGGUAAACAUUGAUGCUCCCAUACUUUUCAUACCAAAUUUAGCAAUUCAUUUGACUUCUUCCUCGGAACGUAACAAAUUUGAGUUCAAUAAUGAGACCAAUUUGCGACCUAUAAUCGCCACUCUCACAACCAAAAGCCUAAAUGAAAAUGCAAAGAAAUGCUGGGCAGAUGAUGUUGAUGCAAGUAGUGUGAUAAACGAUCAUCACAUGGUAUUUCUGGAUACAGUAGCUAAUGCGGCUGACUGUGAACCUAAUAACAUAUUGGACCUUGAUUUAUAUCUUUACGACCAUCAGAAGGCGACGAUUGGAGGAGUCCAUGAAGAAUUUAUCAGUGGCCAAAGAUUAGAUAACUUAGUUGGUGCAUAUACAUGUAUCUCUGGACUUCUGAAAAGCGUUGCGGCGGAUGAUGCGCUUACUAAUGAAGAAAAUAUUAGAUUGGCUGCCUGUUAUGACAACGAAGAGUGCGGAAGCGGCUCGGCACAAGGCGCUGCAAGCAGCUUUACCGAGUGGGUUCUAAGACGUUUAGCAGCAGGUGAUUCACAAGCGGCAUUCGAAGAAGCUAUGGGAAAGUCAUUUUUGAUCAGUGCAGAUCAAGCACAUGCAGUGCAUCCCAACUAUAGAGAAAAGCAUGAGGAAUGCCAUAAACCAGAUCUCCAUGGGGGUAUCGUGGUCAAGAUAAAUGUUGAUCAACGUUACGCUACAACGGCUACUACACAUAGUGUCUUGAAACAAAUUGCAUGUCUGGCGGGUGUACCACUGCAGAAAGUAGUGAUUAGGAACGACAUGCCAUGUGGUUCAACGGUCGGACCCAUACUUUCUACUCGCCUUGGCAUCCAAACAGUGGAUGUUGGAUGUCCACAGCUAGCAAUGCAUUCUAUACGCGAAUUGACGAGUGCUUCGAGCAUCCAUCAGGCUGCUACACUAUACUCGACGUUCUACCAACAAAUUCCGCAUGUUUUGGCAACCAUUUCAUGA